UCAGGUAAAAUGACGUGGCAUAAUUUCAACGUGAGAGAUCCAAACAACCCUAUCGUGUUUAUGGAUAUCAAAAUUGGUGGCAAUGAUGUGGGACGACUGAAGAUGGAACUAUUUGCAGACUUGGUUCCCAAAACAGCCGAGAACUUCCGCCAGUUAUGCACGGGGGAGUACAGAAAAGACGGACUCCCCAGGGGCUACAAGGGUUCAGUGUUUCACAGGGUUAUCAAAGACUUCAUGGUUCAAGGUGGUGACUUCGUGAAAGGCGACGGCACUGGCCUUGAAAGUAUUUAUGGACUAUCGUUUGCAGAUGAAAAUCUAGGAGCUGCGAAGCAUGAAGGCCCAGGCAUACUAUCAAUGGCUAAUAGUGGACCACAUUCGAACGGUUGUCAGUUUUUCAUCACAUGCACAAAAUGUGAAUUCCUAGAUGGAAAACACGUCGUGUUUGGAAAAGUCCUAGAUGGUCUUUUAGUUGUGAGAAAAAUUGAAAACGUGCCUACUGGACCUAAUAACAAACCGAAACUUCCGAUCGAAAUAGCUCAAUGUGGUGAACUCUGAUAUAGAAUGUUUGACAUUAUCAGAGUAUAAUCGGAAUUCAAAGUGCGGUGCACUAGCUUGAAGAAGAGUUUCCGGCGAGAUGCGAAACUGGGUUGAAAAUGGAAUUUAUUGAAACAAUUAUUUGUUUGCGUUGCUUUUGUUUUAAACGUUUUCUAACUUGACCCUAACUUGACGUGCAAUGCAUUUUCAGCAUUAUAAUUUUUAUCAUCUCUUUUCACCAUUUAUUAUUUCUUCUUGAAUAGUUUUUUUUCUUCCUUUAUCGCGGUGUGCUUAAAUAGAGUGUUGAGGGAAUUCAGCUUCAUAAUUUUGAUAUUUAAUUGGGCGCAGAUUUUCAUUGCUCUGAGAAUUUUUAUUGGGAGGUGCAAAAGUAUCCAAAUUUCAGCUAUUCAUUUCAAGGCUACAAAAAAUUCUCUCAAGAAGUUUAAAUUAUGAACAUGUAGCGUUCUUGUCACUGUACUUCACUUUGCGAUGCUGUCAAGAAUUGUGGGUUCCAAUUUUCUUUAAAGAAUUAAAGUAUUGUUCCGAC